AUGGGGCUCUCAAAGCAGCACCGUAUUAUACUGCUGUUAGUCAUUGAUACAGCUUUCUUCUUGCUAGAAAUAGUAGCAGGGUACUCGGUACAUUCACUCGCACUGGUUGCUGACUCAUUUCACAUGCUUAAUGAUGUUAUGAGUCUAGUGGUUGCGUUAUACGCUUUGCGUCUUGUCAAUAGUAGGACAUCUCCUAAGCGACUCAGUUAUGGUUAUAUACGUGCAGAAAUCUUGGGUGCGCUUAUAAACGGUGUCUUCUUGCUUGCUUUGUGUUUCACAAUUUUCCUUAGCGCAGUGGAGAGAUUUUUCGAACCAAGAGAAAUAACCGAUCCGAAUAUGGUUCUUAUUGUUGGAAGUGCGGGGCUGGCCUCGAACAUAAUUGGUUUACUGCUUUUUCACGAACACAACCAUUCACAUGGUCAUUCGCACGGCCAUUCGCACGAUCAUGGAUCCAAAAAUUCCACGGGCAUCGAGUCAACCCCUCCCAUUGAUAUAUUUGUUCAUCCUGCUAGAUCGCGUCAAUCUAUUGUCGAAGCAGCCAAUCCCGCUAGACGUCAAUCUGUUAUUGAAGGAUUAGCAAAUGCUGCUGCUCAAGUUGUCGUAGUUGAUAAUAACUUUACAGCUUUUUGUGAGUGUAGUUUGGUUAUUACAGUCAUAAUAUUCUCAUCCGCAUUGCCGUUAGUUAAAAGUGCAUGUCUAAUCUUACUGCAAAGUGUUCCAAAAGGCCUUCAAAUUGACAGCGUGCAUGACGAUAUUGCCUCCAUGAGUGAAGUCAUCUCAGUUCACGAACUUCAUAUAUGGCAGUUGUCUGAAAAUAAACUGGUUGCUUCUCUUCACGUGCUAUUGAUGCCAGGCGCCGAUUACAUGUUGAUUGCAACAAAAAUACGCCAAACAAUGCAUGCAUAUGGAAUACACUCGACCACUAUUCAACCCGAGUUUGUUAAAAUCGGUCCCGACGGAAAGGGGAUCAUCAUAAAGAGUUUAAAAUCGGGAACCGAACAGUUGGUUAAUAAUGAGAUGGAAACUCACGAGUCUGCUUGUUUAUUACUUUGCUCAGAGGAUGAGACAUGUGCAUCUAGCCUUUGCUGCCCACCCCCAGAUAAUCCGACUAAUCCAUAG